CUAAGUAAGACUACGUUCAGGGAGGUGGUGAAUAAAAGCUGCUGUCCCCACCAGCUUCUGCACUGAGAAGUGGCUGUGAACCAUGAGUGACUCCAAGGAAAUGGGGAAGCAGCAGCUCGGCCCUCUGGAUGAGGACCAGCUGAUAACUAGUCACACCAGGUACUCCAUCAAAGGCUUUGGCUUCCAACCAAAUUCUGGAUUCAGUAGUUUCACUGGGCACCUGGGCCUCGGCCAUGUCCCCUUGGCACUGCAGGUUUUCUUCCUGAUUGUCUUCUCUGUGCUGCUGCUGGUCAUCGUUGUCAAAGUGUUCAAGAUCCCCAGUUCUCCGGGACAGGAGCAAUCCAGCCAAGAGAAGGUCUACCAGGAACUGACCCAGCUGAAGGCUGGGGUAGAUCGCCUGUGCCGCCCCUGUCCCUGGGACUGGACGCUCUUCCAAGAAAGCUGCUACUUUUUUUCUGUGGCCCAGAAGACCUGGAAUGAUUCUGCCACUGCCUGCCAGAAUGUGGGGGCUCAACUUGUGGUCAUCAAGAGUGAUGAAGAGCAGAAGUUUCUACAACAGACUUCUAAGAAGAGAGGCUACACUUGGAUGGGGCUCAUCGACCUGCAUAAGGAAUCCACAUGGCACUGGGUGGAUGGCUCACCUCUGACGCUCAGUUUCAUGAAGUAUUGGAACGAAGGAGAACCCAACAACCUAGGGGAAGAAGACUGUGCAGAGUUCAGAGGGGAAGGCUGGAACGACACCAAAUGUGACAACCAGAAAUUCUGGAUCUGCAAAAAACCCAAAACUUCCUGCCCUGGCGAGUGAUGGCCACCUCUCUCCACUACCCCCACAGCCCAAACACCCAGUGCUAAGCCAGUUCAUUAUACCUGUCUGUGGCCACUAAUGCUGUGACAAGAUCUCUAAGACUUUCCUCUGGCAGGUAGCUUGUCUCCCGUGUGGCUGGACCACGGCUGUGUAAUCCUCCUCUGGGUUAGGGGGUGUGGCUCUGGUCCAUCUUUGCCUUCUAAUGGAGUGACCAGGUCUGAGAUGUAUCCAGGUCCUUGAGUGGAUUCCUUUCAUCUCCUGUCUUCCUUCCUGAGUUCAGAGCACGUGUUGCUGUGUGUAACUGAUGGCACAUCCUAUGUGGCUUCAUAACAUCUCAGAAUACUUUCCUCCCACCUACUAAGUUUUUAUCCACCUACCCUGCACACCUUUCUAUGGAUGUCUUCCCUGAUUUCAGGAACUCAGUCUGUAGGCUAGAAGCACAAGAGAACCAGUUCCUCAUCCAUUAUUUGUGAUCAGGAAUUAUUGAGUUAAUACCCUGGCUCUCUCUUCACCCCUUGGGUGACAUGGUAAGCCUCAGUGUUUUAGACCUUGAGAUUGACCUCCCAAAUAUUUGGAAGAUUUGUAAUUUUUAUUGAAUUUGCUCAUUGGCAAUUUUAUACAUAUAUAUAUAUAUAUUACAUUAUGAUUAUUGUCACCCUCUGCUCAUCCUGGAUCCCUCUCUUUUUUACCUCUCCCUUCCCCCAUUCAUGACCUUUUGUUUGGUUUUGUAGCCCAUUGAUGUUAACAAGGGAGAUGUGUAUGACCAUAAUAUGAAAUUAUCCAGUGGGGUCUGGUAGGCUCAUCAUCAACUGAAGACAAUGAUUGUCCCUGUCCCCAAAUCCAUCAGUAGCCAAUUAUUUAGCAGGGAGAGACAGGGCCCUAUGAGCUCUUACUGAAUGUUGAGAGGCACGAUUUUGUGAAGCCUCCACUGCUGUGAAAUCACAUUUGCACUCAAAAAACAGAAUUUCACAGCCCUUCUCCAUCUUCAGCUCUUAUGUAUUUCCACCCCGUCUUCCACACCAUCACCUGGAAUCUUCUAGUUCCUUGUUCAGGGAAGAACAUGUUGCUCCAGCUGCUGGGAGGUCUGCUGUCAUCUGUCAGCCCCUUCCUGUCCUAUGUCACACAGCACUCUGCCUUCUCCAAGGUCAGACUUCCUGGUGGAGCUCACAUGGAUGCAGGGUGAUGAAGAUGUAGCCAUGUUUCAGUCAGCGUGGGGCAACUCUGCAGGAUCAUUCAGGCCCCUAUAGCACCUCAGGAGGUCAGCUGUGACUGCUUCAGAUCGCCUUUUCUAGGCCUGUCCCUUGGCUAUUCUUGCUUCUUUUUUAUGACAUAAUUAAAAACAUGAUCUUUGUCUGUGUU